UCCAACCUCGAGUCUUCACCCACUCUUCAACCUCGAAAGCUCGAACCUUCAGAAGACCCAGUAGUGAAAUCUCAGAGCGAUGGCGGGAAUCGGAGAGAGAUCGAUUCUCUCACUACUGCUUCUGAUUCUCUCGUCUUUAUCCAUGCCCAGUUUCUCUGUUGCUUACAGGCCAGGUGACAUCGUCCCCAUGAGCAAGAUGGGCCUCUACCACUCUAUGAAAACCGACUGGCACGACAUGAUCGGAAGACAUUGCCCGAUCUUUGGUGUGAAUCGUGAGGUGUUGAUUCCUAUAGCGAUGCCCACGGGUUACACUGGAGCUGAUGCUUACAAAAUAUCGUUUCAAGUUGGGAGAGAAAAGUUCUUGAUUCCAUGGCUUUAUUUGAUAAAUCGUAAAAGCUCAGCGGUUCCGAUGAUUGAUGUGCAUUUGAGAUACUCUGGGAGUGAUUUGCAUGGUGUCACCGCGAAAGUUGUGGACAUGCCUCACCACUAUGUAGAAAUUCAUCCGGAUAUUCGUAAACAAUUUUGGGAUCCUCAGAACUGGCCAAAGCAUGUGCUGGUCAGAUAUACAUGGGAGGAACAAUCGGAGAUAGAUGUAACUUCUGGAUUUUACGUACUAUUUGGAUCAGGUCUCACACUGUCUUUUAUCCUCUCAAUAUACAUCUUGCAAUCAUCACGGGACAAAUUCGCAAGGUUUGUGAUGGAGAGAGUUGCAGAAAGCAACAUGCCUGCUGGAGGUGUGGCAAAGGUUGAAUGAUGUAUAGAACCCUUGAAAGCUUUCACUACAUUUCUCUGCAUAUGCAACUCAGUGUUACAGAUAAAUGAAAUUGGUUGGGGAGGAGGUAUGUAACAGUGAACGCAUUCUGUUUACAUAUUCAUUCAAGAAGAAUGAAAUCCGAGAUAUGUAGAAGGCAGCAUAAUGAUAUCAGAUUCUCCAAAGCCUGGACAGAAUUAGAAGUUGGUCAGAGUUUGUUUUUUUUUUUUUUGUCCCCCCAAAUAUCAAGAGACUAGAUUGAUCUCGUACUGUUACCAACAUAUCUGUAAACUCUCACAGUUGUACCCCUUAGGAAAGGACAGUUCACAAUGCGAAGCACAUGUUUUGUUUGAUUUUUGGUAAAAUGCAUAUAGCAUCUACAUGCUGAACUGAAGUUGUUCCUCAG